CAGUCUGCACUUACGAGGGUCAUCCGAUUCAAGCGUUACACACGCCUUGAAAUAGAUGCUCCGGCCGCCUCUCCCUCGCCCGCAGUCGCAUGCGCAUAUCCUCCCCCCCUUUCUCUCGCCAUGUUUUUUGCUAACUUCCUCGCCCCGCAUAGAGCCAACGACGAUGAAGCGCACGACCAGAUCGGCUCCAACGGCUCGACGCCCCCUGGUGCGGCGACACCGCGCCCGGACUUGACCGACAAACGACUGCCAGGCAUACUUCACAGUUACUUUGGUCAGGUUCGUGAAUCUCUACGUCCCCGUGUGCAAUCUGUCGACAGCCCCUCCCCCGCACUGCCCACCCCCCGUCCAGAGGGAGCACAAGCUGGUGCCGCCCGCCAGGAGCAUCAGGAGGACCGCACUGGGGAGAGUGAUGCACUGCCGACGGCGCCAUGUUCGCCGUCGGGAGCUCUGAGCGGCGAUGACGAAUCUCCGCCACUGCUCCCUCACGAGCGCUUGGACAAUGCCCUCCCGCACCCCUCCUGCCACCACAUCUCCUUCUCCUACCCGACCCCUCCGACAUCCUCUUCGUCCUCAAUGCGCAAAGGCAGCAAAGACGAGCACCCUUUCUCCUCUGUCGUUGCGUCUCCUGCUGUGGUGUCCUCGACACAGAGCUUGAUUAGCACCGACUCUCCCCUGCCCAGAUCCCGCAGGCAUACCUUAGCUGUUGCCAGCCCCCUCUCAACCAUCGUCACGACACUACCUUUCCCUACUGCACACAUUUCGAACCCUGCCUGCUGCUUGCCCUCGACCACCCCCUCCAGCCCCAUCGUUGCUUCACUUUCUGCAUCGCGUCCCGCUUCACGGCGUUCGUCGGCUUCAAAGUCGAAUGGAAGAGUCACGAAGCUAACUGAUGGCGAGGAUUCGCCGCGGCGCAAUCAGGCCACCCCUCCACAAACCCCGAGAACUCGUUCGCAAGAAGGAAAGGUCUCUGCUCCUUCCACUCUAUCUCAACCACCGCAAUCGGCAGCCAAGGCCAAGGCCAAACCGAAGGAACGAAACGCUGCAGCUGUUGGGCCGCCAAAAGGAAAACUUUCCGUCUCAAUUUCCGAAGGACGGGGCUUGCGUCCCAGCGUGGAUCCUUACGUCGUGUGUCAGUUUCAGUGGGCCGAGUAUAUCUCGGAGGGACCGAGGAGAGAUGGCGCAUCCAAGAAGAACAAUGCGCCAGGUGGAGUUGCCAUUAAGCGUACCGACAGCGAUAUGGGCCGGCCCAUGGCGAUACCUAUGAGGAGCAGGCAGAGCAGCAAUAGCGGAACCAGCUCCGAUCCGAAGGAAAACGGCGGGCUUCAGGAAACCACCGAUCCAAAGUGGGAGCAUGACACAAUAUUUGAUGUUGUCGGCGACCACUCUGAGAUUGACAUCUCUGUCUAUGACCGCAGCAACGGAGAGGCUUUCCUUGGCCACAUUAGAUUCUGCCCAAACUUGGUGGAGUACGAGCACCCAUACGACCGAUGGUUUACCCUUGAGCCACGAGAGGGCGAGGAAGACUACGUUUCAGGCGAAAUUCAUCUUCGAAUCAACUUCCACAAAACCGAUAAGAAGCACUACGGACCAGAAGAUUUCGAAAUCCUCAAAUUGAUCGGAAAGGGCACUUUCGGCCAGGUCUUCCAAGUACGGAAGAGAGACACGCGACGUAUAUAUGCCAUGAAGGUUCUCUCCAAGAAGGUCAUAGUGCAGAAGAAGGAGGUCGCGCAUACUCUGGGCGAACGCAACAUUCUGGUCCGAACCGCCAUGACCGAGUCACCGUUCAUCGUAGGACUAAAAUUCUCUUUCCAAACACCCACGGAUCUAUACCUUGUGACAGAUUACAUGUCGGGCGGGGAGCUCUUCUGGCAUCUCCAGAGAGAGGGACGUUUCCACGAGGCGCGCGCCAAGUUUUACAUCGCAGAACUCAUCCUAGCUCUACAGCAUCUCCACAAUCACAACAUUGUGUACCGCGAUCUCAAACCGGAGAAUAUUUUAUUAGAUGCUAAGGGCCAUAUCGCACUCUGCGACUUUGGUCUGUCAAAAGCAAACCUCGGCGAGAAUGCGACAACGAACACGUUCUGUGGCACUACAGAAUAUCUAGCCCCAGAGGUCUUGCUCGACGAGCAUGGAUACACAAAAAUGGUCGAUUUUUGGUCUCUCGGCGUGUUGGUGUUUGAGAUGUGCUGCGGUUGGAGUCCGUUCUACGCCGAAGACACGCAACAGAUGUACAAGAACAUCGCCUUUGGCAAAGUCAGAUUCCCGAGAGACGCACUCAGCACUGAAGGCAGGAACUUCGUCAAGGGUCUUCUCAACCGCAACCCAAAGCACCGAUUGGGCGCAACUCGUGACGCGGAGGAACUCAAGGCCCACCCGUUCUUCGCCGAUAUCGACUGGGAUGCGCUUACCAAGAAAAACGUAGUUCCGCCAUUCAAGCCGAAACUCAAAUCGGAGCUUGACGUAUCCAACUUCGACCCGGAGUUUACCAAUGCUCUGAACGGCAAUGGUUCUCUCAACGCCCGCGCCGCGGCACUUGCGUCCGGGAUCAACCCCGCUUCCACUCCUCUCUCGCCAACGAUGCAAGCCAACUUUGCGGGCUUCACAUUUGUUGACGAAAGCGCCAUGGAUCAGCAGUUCCGCAGUCGCGAUCACGAGCUCGAACGUAUGGAUGAAGACGAAAAUGACGAGGAUGCUGACUGGGAGAGGUCGUUCAGUAAAGGGGACCGGAUGAGCGGCAUCAUUCCAAGCAGCGAUCAUGACGAUACCAUCUUCAAUCACGGAAAUUUCGAUGUCUAAUGAGUACAUACUUGUAUUCUGCGUGGCCAUUUACGCGCUUCAUUCGUUUCCUCCGUCGUAAUUCUGGCGUUAUCGCGCCUACAAAAGUUUUUCGGGAAUUUGAAUCGUCUUGAUGACGCGAGUAAAUCCAUUCCUCGACACCGAGGAGCUUUCAUUAGGUUUGAAUUUUUCUCCCUGGAUACCCAUGGUCAUAGCCAUUGAAGCAAUCCCGGAAAGAGGGGAUUGGGAGCGGCGAUAAUGAUGGGGAAGCUUUCAAUCUGCCUUCGAACCUAUCAUACGGGAUAGCCCCAUGUUACGGAUCCGAAGAGGAUGUAAAUCUUGAACCGUGG